AUGGCAACAAAGAACAACCCUAGCCCCAUGCCCAUGGGCACGGCUCAGGGUGACCCCGGAGAGGCUGGAGCACUGUCAGCUUCUGAUGUUAGCAUCCGGGACACAGGUUCAGCCAUGCAGCUGAAGGUGAAGCCCAGGAAGGUGCGUAAGAUCAAGGCUCUCAUCAUCGAUCUGGGCUCUCAAUACUGUAAGUGUGGCUAUGGGGGAGAGCCGAGGCCCACCUACUUCAUCUCCUCCACUGUGGGCAAGCGCUGCCCUGAGGCAGCCCAAGCGGGCGACACCAGCAAGGAGACCUAUGUGGGUCACGAGCUGCUCAACACCGAGGUGCCGGUCAAGCUGGUUAACCCCCUAAAGCAUGGCAUCGUGGUGGACUGGGACUGUGUCCAGAACAUCUGGGAGUACAUCUUCCACACAGCCAUGAAGGUUCUCCCGGAGGAGCAUGCUGUGCUGGUCUCCGACCCUCCGUUCAGCCCCAUCAGCAACCGGGAGAAGUAUGCAGAGCUCCUGUUCGAGACCUUCAGCAUCCCCGCCAUGCAUGUAACAUCCCAGGCACUGUUGUCCAUUUAUUCCUAUGGCAAGACCUCAGGGCUGGUGGUGGAGAGUGGGCAUGGCGUCUCGAACGUUGUGCCCAUCUCAGAGGGCGAUGUGCUGCCGGGCCUGACCAUGCGCACCGACUAUGCUGGGAGCAACCUCACCAACUACCUGAUGCAGCUGCUCAAUGAGUCGGGCCACAAGUUCUCAGAUGACCACCUACACAUCGUGGAACAUAUCAAGAAGAAGUGCUGCUACUCGGCGCUCAUUCCUGAUGAGGAGCUUCGCCUGCCCCUGGAGGAACUGCGUGUUGACUACAAACUCCCAGAUGGCGAACUCAUCACCAUUGGCCAGGAACGCUUCCGGUGCUCGGAGAUGCUCUUUAAGCCCUCCCUGGUGGGCUGUAGCCAGCCGGGUCUCCCUGCACUGACGGCUGCCUGCCUGGGCCACUGCCAGGAAGCAGGUUUCAAGGAGGAGAUGGCUGCUAACGUGCUGCUGUGUGGGGGCUGCACCAUGCUAGAGGGCUUCCCUGAGCGCUUCCAGAGGGAGCUGAGCCUCCUCUGUCCUGGUGACAGUCUAGCUGUGGCUGCCGCUCCGGAGAGGAAGACCUCCGUGUGGACCGGAGGCUCCAUCCUAGCCUCCCUGCAGGCCUUCCAGCAGCUCUGGGUCAGCAAGGAAGAGUUCCAGGAGCGAGGCAGUGCCGCCAUCUACAGCAAGUGCUAA